UCUCAAACUCGAGUCGUGUCCCUUCCACGCGCCGCACCGCACCGCACUGCUCCCUCUCGAACCCACCUCACCUGCGUCGUCAACCCUGCGGGCGAAGAAGCCACCGCACCCCACCCACCCCGACCACUACUACCUCUUCCCUACCCGCGACCGAUCACCAUGGCGCUCCUCCCGCGCACGGCGCGGCUGGCGCUCGUCUCCGCCUCCCCGCGCGCCUACUCCUCCUCCUCCGCCGCCGCGGCGACCCGCCCCGUGCCGUACGGCGGGGCGCCGCCCCCGGCGCCGAUGUCGAAGGCGGCUGAGUUCGUGGUCUCCAAGGUGGACGACCUCAUGAACUGGGCGCGGCGGGGCUCGAUCUGGCCCAUGACGUUCGGGCUCGCCUGCUGCGCGGUCGAGAUGAUGCACGCCGGCGCCUCCCGCUACGAUUUCGACCGCUUUGGGGUCAUCUUCCGCCCCUCGCCGCGCCAGUCCGACUGCAUGAUCGUCGCCGGCACGCUCACCAACAAAAUGGCGCCCGCGCUUCGCAAGGUCUAUGACCAGAUGCCAGAGCCUCGCUGGGUUAUUUCGAUGGGCAGCUGCGCCAAUGGCGGUGGGUACUACCACUACUCCUACUCUGUUGUGCGGGGAUGUGACCGCAUUGUGCCCGUGGACAUCUACGUCCCUGGAUGCCCGCCAACUGCUGAAGCUCUACUGUACGGUGUUCUUCAGUUGCAGAAGAAGAUCGGCAGGCGCAAGGAUUUCCUUCAUUGGUGGACCAAGUAAACCUGGCAUCUAUGCCCUGCGCAUCCUGCCCGCUACGUUUCUUUGAAUUUUCUCGAGCUCUUACCUCAAAAACAAGGAAAGUCUAUGCAGUUUGAUCGUCUGCAAAGUGCGAACUUAGUGUAGUUCCUGGAUAAGCAUGUAACUGUUGCUUGUACUGGAAUGCCCAGCCUUGCUUCACAGUCAAACGAACAAUCCACCAGUGGUGAAGCGUGGAGCUGGUGUUGCUAUGCGGUGUACUCUAUAGUUUGCAAUGUAUUCUAGUAAUUCUA